AAACCUCUGCAGACCACGUUAGUUGACCCGUCACUGCUGUUUUGUCUCCCUUCACAUCACAGCACUGCAUCUCAUCACACAUUGGCUUCUGCUCUGCUCCUCCGUUUUCUGUUCAAGAACUCGCUGACAAAACACGUUUGCGUCACUCUUUUGACUCUCUCACUCUUCACCUUCCCACUAUAAAUAAUUUGCAUUUUGCAAUACCCUUUUGCUCCUCUUCACUUUACUCCACUCAUUGCUUCAAAUGGAAAACCUUCGUCACUUUCUCUCCUUUCUUCUUUUCCUUGGUUUCUUGUUCCAUGAAGGAAAGGUUGCUGCAGCUUUCAAGAAAAACCAAGAUGGAUCAGAGGAAUGGGGAUACGUUGAAGUCAGACCCAAAGCACACAUGUUUUGGUGGCUUUAUAAAAGUCCUUACAGAGUGGAAGAUCCCAAUAAGCCAUGGCCUAUUGUUCUCUGGCUGCAAGGAGGGCCUGGUGCUUCUGGGGUUGGGAUUGGAAAUUUUGAAGAGGUUGGUCCUUUGGACACUGGAUUGAAGCCAAGGAAUUCAACAUGGUUGAAGAAAGCAGAUCUCUUGUUUGUGGACAAUCCUGUUGGAACCGGGUACAGCUUUGUGGAGGACAAGAAGCUCUUUGUGAAAACAGAUGUGGAGGCAGCCACUGACUUGACUACAUUGCUAAUUAAGAUAUUCAACAGGGAUGAAAAUCUACAAAAGAGUCCUCUGUUCGUUGUGGCAGAGUCUUAUGGUGGGAAAUUUGCUGUCACUCUUGGAUUAUCUGCUUUGAAAGCAAUUGAAGAUGGGAGAUUGAAGCUUAAAUUUGGAGGUGUGGCAUUAGGAGAUAGUUGGAUCUCCCCAGAAGAUUUUGUGUUUUCAUGGGGUCCUCUCCUCAAAGAUGUCUCAAGACUUGAUGAUAAUGGAUUAGAAAAAUCAAACAGUUUAGCUCAGAAGAUCAAGCAACAACUAGAGAAUGGUAAAUUUGUUGAUGCAACCAACUCAUGGGGUGAACUUGAGUCUGUGAUUUCUGCUAGCAGCAACGAUGUGGACUUCUACAACUUUUUGUUGGAUGCGGGAAGUGAUUCAGUAACCUUAUCAGUAAUGGAGCUGGGGUUAUUCAAAGAAGUAGCAAUGAAGCGCUACUCCAAGUAUCUCACUUCUUCCCUGAGGUCAAAGUCACCAUCUCCAGGCGGUGAUGAAGAUCUUGACCAAUUGCUAAACGGUGUCAUAAAGAAGAAGUUAAAGAUCCCUGAAAAUGUCACAUGGGGAGGGCAGUCCGAUGAUGUUUUCAUAAAUCUUGAAGGUGAUUUUAUGAAACCAAGAAUUGAGGAGGUUGAUGAGUUGCUGGCUAAGGGGGUCAGUGUGACUGUUUACAAUGGACAAGUUGAUUUGAUUUGUGCAACCAAGGGUACUGAAGCUUGGCUCAAGAAACUCAAGUGGGAAGGACUUAAAAGUUUCUUGGGGAAAGACAGAACACCCCUCCACUGUGGAAGUAACAAAACGACCAAAGGCUUUGUGAGGUCAUACAAAAACCUACACUUUUAUUGGAUCCUUGGAGCCGGCCAUUUUGUACCCACUGAUCAGCCAUGCGUAGCACUUGACAUGGUUGGUGCUAUUACACAGUCACCAGCAACAUGAAGUUGUACAUAGAAAAGGAAAUUACUAUUUACUUAUAAAAUAAAAUCAGCUUACACGAAAGAGCAUUGAUUGUUGGUCAAGCAAAGGGUGAGUCAACAAGCAAAAGCUGGAACAGGAUCAAUCACAGAAAACAGCAAUAAACUCUUGGAAGGGAGAGAGCUACAUUGAUGUUAUUUAUGGCUUAUCAAAUUUUUUUUUACAAUGUCAUUCUUUUCCCAUGUCAUAAUCACAAGUAACUUUUCUUGUAAGUUUGGCUAUUCUGGUAAAAUAAAAAUCUAGUGAAUGAGAAAAUUAGGUAUUUCUUAUUUAAAUAGAAAUAAACAAUUCUCUAGA